AUGGCGGACCCUAAUGUUCAAGAGGCUGAGGCCUCAAUGGCCAACCUGCUGCUCGACGAAGUCACCGGCGAGAAGGUGUCCAAGACCGAAUUGAAGAGACGCCAGAAGAAGCGUGAGAAGGAAGCCGGAAAGAAGGAGAAGGCCGCCGCCGCGCCUCCCAAGCCCACGGCCGAGAAGCAAACUUCCGCUGAAGAUGAUGAGGCUAACCUGAGCCCCAACCAAUACUUCGAGAUCCGCAGCAAGAGAAUCAACAAGCUCCGCGAGACCAAGCAGCCUAACCCUUACCCCCACAAGUUCAAGGUUGACACCGACCUGCGCAACAUCCUGAAGGACUACGAGGGUCUCCAGAAGGGCGAGCAGAAGACCGAUGCCAUUGUCAACCUCGGUGGUCGUAUUUACACCAAGCGUGCCGCUGGUAGCAAGCUGGUCUUCUACGAUAUCCGCGCUGAGGGUGUCAAGAUCCAGGUUAUGUGCGCCGCCCAGAAUGCGACUGGAAAGUCCUUCGAGGAGCAGCACGAGCUCCUCCGCCGUGGUGAUAUCGUCGGUGUGACCGGUUUCAUUGGCAAGACCAACCCCAAGAACCGUGAUGAUGGUGAACUUUCCAUCUUCGCCUCCGAGGUCGUUCUCCUGACCCCCUGUCUGCACGCUAUUCCCUCCGAGCACUACGGUUUCCAGGACAAGGAGCAGCGCUUCCGCCAGCGUUACCUUGAUCUUAUUAUGAACGACAAGUCUCGCGAGACUCUCCGCGCUCGUGCUAAGAUUAUCAGCUUCAUUCGUCAAUACUUCGACAGCCGUGACUUCACCGAGGUCGAAACCCCUCUUAUGAACGCUAUUGCUGGUGGUGCUACCGCCAGACCUUUCGUCACUCACCACAAUGACCUGAACAUGGAUAUGUUCAUGCGUAUUGCCCCCGAGCUUUACCUUAAGCAGCUGAUUGUUGGAGGCAUGGAGCGUGUCUACGAAAUUGGCAAGCAGAUGAGAAACGAGGGAAUUGAUCUGACUCACAACCCCGAGUUCACCACUUGCGAGUUCUACCAGGCUUACGCCGAUGUUUACGAUCUGAUGGACUUGACUGAGGACCUCGUUUCCAACCUUGUCAAGCACGUCACUGGUGGAUACGAGACCACUUUCACCACAGUGACCGGAGAGACCCACAACAUUAACUGGAAGGCCCCAUGGCGCCGCAUCGAAAUGAUGCCCGCGCUCGAGGAAGCCUGUGGCGAGAAGUUCCCUCCUGGUGACCAGCUCCACACCGCUGAGACCAACGAGUUCCUCAAGCGCAUGCUGAAGAAGAUGAAUGUCGAGUGCUCCGCUCCUCAGACCAACGCUCGUAUGCUCGACAAGCUGGUCGGAGAGUUCCUUGAGGAGACCUGCAUCAACCCCACUUUCAUCAGUGGCCACCCCCAGAUGAUGUCCCCUCUUGCCAAGUACCACCGUGACCACCCCGGUCUUUGCGAGCGUUUCGAGGUCUUCACUGCCCGCUUCGAGAUUGCCAACAGUUACACAGAGUUGAACGAUCCCUUCGACCAGCGCAUGCGUUUCGAAGAGCAGGCCAACCAGAAGGACCAGGGAGACGACGAGGCCCAGAUGAUUGACGAGACUUUCUGUCAAUCUCUGGAGUACGGUCUCCCUCCCACUGGUGGUUGGGGUAUGGGUAUCGACCGUCUGGUCAUGAUGCUCACCAACAACUACAGUAUCAAGGAGGUCCUUGCUUUCCCCAUGAUGAAGGAUGACAAGACCGCCGCUGACUCCAAGCCUGCCGCUGAGGUUGCUGGAGUCGAGCCUCAGCCCGAGGAAGGAAUUCCCCACAAAUGA